UCAUUCUCUAUCCAGUAGGUGGCAGGAAAGGCGUCUCCGGGUUCAGUGCGCAGUUCAAUCUGAUGAAGAAGAGGAAGCUAGGCGUCCCCCUUCUGUGCUCUGGUUAACACGACGUACGCUUUGUCUUUUCCACAUCUUUUCGUAGCCUCAGUUGCAGAGCUAUCAAACCACCACUGACCACUAAGACACCAGUCAUGGCUGCCGAGCCCAACUAUCGCCGGACAAAACCAGGUGUUAGGACAGCUAACCUUGCUAGUUCAAAUGGAGCUGUUGGACCCUCAUCACAGAUUCCGGGUUUAUCUGCGACUGCCGACACCACUCCUCAAGAAAUAACUAAAGGAGGAAGACGCGUAGGAAUUCAGGCCACUGACUCGGAUUAUGUUAAACUUGCAAAACAAGGAGGACAGAGGGGGUUGCUGAGUCACGAUGACCCUGUGGAAACAAAACCUAACAAUUCCUACAAACCCUCUAAUUGGUUCUCUGGCACACCUGAUGAUCAAGAGAGCAGUGAAGCAACUACCCCUGAUGGAAACAGCAAGUCUAAAGAGGUCUUACAGCACCUGGAAGCCCCUUUUGGAACUGAUAACUGUUCAGCCUGGGAUUCUGGUAAAAAGAAUGUAAUUCAUGCUGCAUCAGAGAUGCAGAAGCUCUCCCUAAGCCAAAAAGAGAUUGUGGAAGCCAACAAGUUCAAAAAGAUUUCCCAUGAGAAGAAGAGGGCAGCUCCAGUGAACAUGUCCAAACUUUUAAGUUUUGGUUAUGUUGAGGAAGAGAAUAAAUCUCUCAAUGAUGAUGAUGCUUCAAGUAUUACCUCUGAGCAGACCAGCACCAUUGCACCAGAGGAGGAACUGGAAUAAAAAUGAUGUCCCCUAGCUAAAACCCUUCUUCAUGAAUUGUUGUUCUCUCGUAUCCACUAGCUCCUUUGAAUCAACCACCCACUCUGCUUUAUGCAAAAACACUUUUUAGUCAUCUGAUUGUUCUCAUUUUGCAUCUUUAUCUAAAUGACUUGUUUGUGUUAUGCUCACAUAUCUAUGGUGCUUGUGAUCAGGAUAACCAUACCCCUAGAAGGAAGGAAUAUUUGUAAGUCCCUAAAUGAAAUCUACAGGGUAUAUGCACCACAAAAUACAUCUUAGAUGCAUGAAGCAUUGAUACCAAGGAGCUGAUUUUCAUACUAUUCAUUCUUCACUUGCACAUUAGUGAUCAUGGCGCAAUAAUGUGCCAAAACCUUAAGAAAACUAAAGAUAGCACACACAUAGACAGAUAGGAUAUACCUAUGCCACGUUAAACAGCUGUUUCUCACCUCACAUUGUCAAUGGAUAUGACAAAAUGUGUAAGCUGCAAACUCUUACUACACUUUACAUGGCUGGUUAAUACAUUACAGUACGUCUCUUGUUUGAACACUUUUGAGUGUUCUUACGGCCCAGUAGUUAGCUAGUUGAGCGCAUGAUGAGCACACAAGAAGGUUACCUUACAGUAAAUGAUUAUAUGAAGUGAGAACUUUGAGAACAGGAAGGGGGUUUAGGGAGUUCGCGAUUGUGAAUGUCUGUUGUUGUUAGUAUUGAUGUGAUAGUAAAUAAUAACCAGAGAUUCAGUUGUUUUGGUGUUCUACGCUGUAUAAUUUAAUGUUUCUUCCUUCUGAAAACAAUGUUUACACUUGCUGUCAGUUCAUAUCUAUAAAGGAUGACUGAAUAAAUUUGCAU